UGAUUUUGCAUUUCUGGGAGGACUGUUUUGUUUACUAACAGUCCUCCUGCCUGUUAGCUCGGGCACACUGCUCUGGAUGGCUUUGCACAGAACAGCCAUCCAGAGCAGUGUGAUUACAGUAAAGCACACUGACACGGCCCCCUAGUAAAACACUUCCUGCACACAGUUAACCUUUUGAUCACCCCUCAUGUUAAACCCUUCCUGCCAAGUGCCAUUAGUACAGUGUCAGUGCUUUUCUUUAGCACUGAUCACUGUAUUGGUGUCACUGGGGAUGUCAGUGAUACCGAGUCAGUUCCCCCCAAUGCCAGAAUGUCCGCCGUAGUCCUGCUAUAA